AGAAGCAAUCACACAUCUCUUAACAGUCUUCUAUGUCGGUUAUGCUGGUGCGGGCGCACAUUCGUGUUAGUGGUCGAUACAAUUGAUCGUACACGCACAUAUUAUACGUGAAAUUUGAAUAUUGGCGAAGUGAGUUUUUUUUUAGAAUUUUAAUUGUUGCUGGCAAGGUUGAUGCUUUUGACUUCAGACACCUACUCAAGACCAGAUGCUCAAUCUAAGUUCAUACCUUGUAAUGGUUAUUGUCGUUCUUGACCACACCAUAGGAUCACCUUUGAACGGUCCUUGUGCUUCCAACGAAGAAUGUGGCACUUUUGAUACACAUUGCGUAAAUGGUACAUGUUUAUGUAGGGACAACUUUAUUACAGUUUACGACAGUUGCGUUCACGUUGCCUCGGAAUCUAUAGAGUGUACUAGGAAAGAACAAUGCCAUUCCUUAUUAGGCAAUAAGAGCACUUGCAAGAAUAGGAGAUGCGUCUGCAGGCCGUUCCAUCACUUACACAAAAAGCAAUGCGUGAAAAACAAGGAUUUACACGAUAUCUGCGAACAUGAUCACCAGUGUUAUUGUGGACAAGAUUGCGUGGAGAGAAUUGGAUGUAUGAACCACAAGUGUACCUGUAAGGAAGGAUACAAAACGUACAGUACCAGGAGAUGUAUAGUGGAUCCAUUGUUUCCUGUUGAAACACCACCAAUAGCCGUGAUGCAAUCUCCAGUGGCAGUUCAGUCCAGUGCAGCUUUAAAAAAUGUUUCUAUUUUAUUGUAUAUACUUCUAUUUUUAUAUUUGUAAAUAAAUAUUUUGUACAUAAAAAUA